UUUUAAGAUCGGGCAGCCCAAGAAACAGAUUAUCCCUAAAACAGUGGAGAGAGACUUUGAAAGGGAGUAUGGAAAACUCCAACAGCUGGAGGAGCAGACAAAGAGACUGCAGAAAGACAUGAAGAAGAGCACGGAUGCUGAGCUGGCCAUGUCGAAAUCUGCCAUGAAGAUAUCCUUGGACUUACUCUCCAAUCCCCUCUGUGAACAAGACCAGGAAUUCUUGAAUAUGGUGACAGCCCUGGACACUGCCAUGAAGCGGAUGGAUGCCUUCAACCAGGAAAAGGUAAACCAGAUCCAAAAGACCGUGAUUGAACCCUUAAAAAAAUUUGGCAGUGUCUUCCCGAGCCUCAACAUGGCGGUGAAACGGCGGGAACAGGCCUUGCAGGACUAUAGGAGAUUACAAGCCAAGGUGGAGAAAUAUGAGGAGAAGGAGAAGACGGGGCCGGUGCUGGCCAAACUCCACCAGGCUCGGGAAGAGCUUCGGCCCGUGAAGGAUGACUUUGAAGCCAAAAACAAGCAGCUCCUAGAUGAAAUGCCUCGGUUCUACAACAGCCGACUCAACUACUUCCAGCCCAGUUUUGAGUCCCUAAUCCGAGCCCAGGUUGUGUACUACUCAGAAAUGCAGAAGAUCUUUGGAGACCUGACCCAGCAGCUCGACCAGCCAGGCCACAGUGAUGAGCAGCGGGAACGGGAGAAUGAGGCCAGACUGAGCGAACUCAGAGCCCUCUCUAUUGUGGCUGAUGACUGA